UAUCCGACGUUUACUCACAGUUACAAGUAUAAUACACACAAACAUAUAUAUACAUGUUAAAGCACGUUCAUUCGUUUUUAUGAUAACGACUUAAAGUUUUGCACCACACGUGAUCAGCUAUGGCGCUCUCCAUGAGACAGGAAGAUGUAAAACAAGUACCAUGGUUUUCUCUCGCAGAAUGGCACCAAGUGCACAAGCAGAUAUAUUCCAAUGAUAUCAAUGAACAGACCAAAGGGUAUGAAAUGCUACUUGCAUGGCAAGCAAGGAUACCAAAAUUGCCAAUAGGCAUUGAUUGUACUCUUUCAAUUAUGCAAGUGUGUGUUAGAGACCGUGAAUGGACUCCUAAAAUUAACAAUGGCGAGUUGCCAAUAACCUAUGAAAAUGACUUAUGUCUGAUGUAUUCAACUACAAUAAUGAGAAUUUUAAAUCAUAUAUCUAACAUAGGACACACGAAGCAAACAUCCUUAUUUCAAAUAGCAAAGCAGCUUAAUAUUCCAGAGUGGAUAGUGAAUUUAAGACAUGAUACUGCUCAUGGUUAUGAAGUUCCAUCCAUUGGUGUAUUGAGAAUAGCUGUAAAUAUAUUACUAGCAUGGCUACAUGAAGAAUAUUGGGCAGCUGAAGCUAAAAGAAUGGAAGAAUGUCUGAUUACCGAAGAAUCUAUGAAACAAGUCCAGAAGACUGAAGAAGUACAGGAUUUUGAUGAUUUAAUUGAACUCUGGACUUCUGUAAGUUUGUAUAUUCAUGCUGGUUAUCAUCUAGUAUCAAAUGUUCCAGACCCUCAAUUGAAGGAAACAUUACAAGAUCUGCGUUCAUAUGCUAUCUCUUUAUUACAAAAAGAUAGUAGAAAUAUGGAAAAUAAUAAAGAUAACUACAUAGAGGCUGCCAGUGAUGAUAUAAAAAAUGAUAAAAAGUACACAUUAGAAACUGCAAGAAUUGUUCUUUUAUCUGAAAUAUCUAGGUAUCUUAGUAAAAAGUCUAUACCGGAUAAAAAGGAUAUAGUUUGUAAUACAUUGCUCAAUUCGGAAGUAUUUUUACCAAGCAAAAAUAUGUUAUCAAUUUUUACUCAAAGUGAGAGUAUUGAAAAUAAAUUGGAGAAAGAUGUUUUGCCAUUAGACAUGUUAAAGUUUUGGAAAGAUAUAAUAUUUCUAUUGUGUGAAAAAGAUCUAAUGGAAGUGUUAAUUAUAAAAUUACUCGAAUUAAUAAAAAAUGAAGAAGUAAAUAAAGAAAGGAAAUUAUUAGCUUCUUUAUGGAUAAGUUCUAUAUCAUAUAGUUUUUUGAAAUUAGAUAGCGCACAUGACAUAUCUCGAGUUUUAGAAUAUCAGUUAGAAAAGAUACAAAAAAAUUUACCACCAAAAGUUUUUGAACUUAAAGUCAAAGAAGAGACAGAUCGUAUUUAUCCACACUUGAAAUGCGUAUUAUGGUUUAAUUUAUCAGAUACAGUACUGCCAUGCUUAACUGAUAUGAAAUUUAUUUCAAAGCUUAUAUUAAACGUAAAUGAAUUUUCGCUUAAAUUCAUUGUACCUAUCUUAGAACUAAUACAUCCAAAAAUAGAUAAUGAAAGCAAACAGUUACUGUUGAAUUUAAUGAGUGUUUAUGCAAUGGUACCACUUGAUAAGAAUGAUACAAAUUUUCCUGAAUAUGAACAAAUUUUUACUCUAAAUGAUCUUAAAGAUAGUGAAUGUCUACUAGACAUAAAUAAAGAACAAAAUAAGGUGGUAGAUAAAAUACCUCGAUUUUUAGCUGGUCAAGAAAUUCGAAAUAAUUGGAACUUUGCAGUUGCGACCUAUAAUUGGGCAGAAUGUCCAAUUGGUUUGCUUCCAUGGCAAAAUGAUACACUGGAAUUUAUAAACUCGCCCAAUAUCAUAGUACAGAAAUAUGAUGUUUCAGUUUUAGAAUCUGAAAUUGUUCCUGGAAAUAUAGAUAGGAAAAACUUAAAAAUGCAAGGUCAAAUUAAUUGGAAUAAUGUUUUGAGACAAAAGAAACGUUUAAAACGAAAACCGGAACGAAGAAAUGCAGAUAUUAUAAUGAAUAAAGCACUGGAAAUUGUUAAAAAACGAAAAUAAUACAUUACAGUCUUGUAUAUUUCAAAUAUUUUAUUCAAUAUUGGCAUGUUUGCAAGAAAGAAAUUCAACAAUGUUCUUUUGUAAGUUAAUAAAUAAAUUACCCAUUUCUAUCAAAAUGAUUAAUAUAAAAUUUUUUAUUAUUUGUAAAAUUUCUAUAUCACAAACGUUGUAUAUAAUUUUAAGUAUAUGAAAAAGAUCUUUGUACAUUCUUAGAAGAAUAUCUACAUUAUUUUGUAACAGCUUAUUCAUAAAAUAAUAAUUUCACAUUUCCUAUACACAUAGACAUAUAUUAUAUAAAUGUACAAAAUUUUUAAAUUAAACGAACUAUAUUAACAUCACAGAUGUAUUGAACAAGAAUGAACAAAUAUCUAUGAUAUAGUAAAUUUUUGUAACAUUACCGAAUAAUCAUUUUAAAUAUAAUUUAAUGAGUCUAAUUCUAGAGUUGUCCAUGAAUAUUGUAAAAUUUUAGCAAUACAAAAGUUUAUUAUAUAUGUAUGUUUGUUUCCUGUAAUGCCACAUCAAAAUAUAGAUAGAAAGGAUGUGUAUUCGUUCGGUACGCGUGCACUCAAGCACAGUGAUGGAUAUUCUCGGUGCAUUAUGGGGUCAGGGGAGCGUUUCCCAUUCCAUAUCGAUGAGAGAAUAUGUGCACUGUAGGCGGAGUCAAGACAUUCCCCUUGCCUCACGGUACUCCUAUAUCGCCAUGGACUAUACAAGUGCAAAUGUACCUAAUAAAUAUUCAAUCUUAACUUUUGGAACACAGCUUUUUAUGAAAUCAUUGCCUAUUAUAUUUGUUAUGUAUUCGCAUAAAAAGAUGUUAUUGUUUCCUGUUUUAAAGAAGUUGAUAUGAAUAUUUAUCAAGUACACGUAUACCAAAGUAUCAUUUCUAGCAUUUAAGGGGUACCAUGAGGGAAGGGGAAUAGAAUUGACUCCGCCUACGGCAAUACAGUUCAUGGAUGAAGCCUCUUGCACGAGACUUUGUUCUCUUGUACGCGUUGAUAAUAUAAAAGAAAUAUCAACAUAUCUUCACCGAAAGGGAUCAUAUUUAAUAACAUAUACUUUUUAUGUAUAAUGUGAUGUCAACUGAAAUUUCACAUAACGAUACAAAAAUGAAAUAGAGAAAGAUUUCUACAACCUACUGAAC